ACCAAUACCGUACUAUCACUCCUCUCAACUCCUGCUAUCUGAGCUGUACCAUUCGGACUGUCCUGUGUCAUUAUGGCUUUCGCUGGAACUUGGCAGGUCUACGUUCAGGAAAACUAUGACAAUUUCCUGAGGUCUGUGGGUUUGCCAGAAGAAAUUGUUAAGGUGGCCAAGGAUAUCAACCCAGUGAUUGAAAUUCAGCAAAAUGGAGACAACUUUGUUGUCACAUCAAAAACCCCUAAACAGAAUAACACAAACAGUUUUACUGUUGGGAAAGAAGCAGAGAUCAAUAGCCCCGAUGGAAAGAAAAUAAAGGUACUUGUGAAUCUGGAAGGAGGCAAACUGGUGGCCAAGAGCGACAGGUUUUCUCACAUUCAAGAAAUUCAAGGAAGUGAAAUGGUGGAGACCAUUACCAUUGGCUCCGCAACAAUGACAAGGAAGAGCAGGAAGGUUUAAACAAGGAACAAGCAUUUUUAGUAUAGUGUUUAAAUACUACUUACUAUUCUAAUAAUAAAGGAAUGAUGACGCAAA